AUGCAUGUGUUUAUAAGUAGUAUGCAUGUGUGUGUAUGUGCAUUUGUGUAUAAGCUGAGGCAUGGCGCUUGGGGCCUCGGUGGUUAUAGGCUGAGGCCUAGGCAUGGCGCUUGGAGCCUCGGUGGUUAUAGGCUGAGGCCUAGGCAUGGCGCUUGGGGCUUAGGCUUGCGCCUUGAAAUGCAAAAAUAUAAAAUGAUAAAUCAAUUUAAAAAAUUGAUGGUCAUGCGAAUGUUUUUCUUCCUUAUGAUUAUUGCUCUCGUAGCCGUUUUUUUUGUUUGA